AUGGUACCAAAAGAGAAGAAGGAAACUCCUGCCCCUCACAAAGCCAAAGCCAAAGCCAAAGCCAAAGCCAAAGUGAAGGCCUUGAAAGCUAAGAAGGCAGUGCUGAAAGGCGUCCACAGCCACAACAUGAAGAAGAUCAGCACGUCACCCAUCUUCCAGCAGCCCAACACCCUGCAGCUCCGGCGGCAGCCCAAAUACCCUCAAGAGAGUGCACCCAGGAAAAACAAGCUCGGCCACUAUGCCAUCAUCAAAUUUCCCCUGACCACCGAGGCAGCCAUCAAGAAAAUAGAGGACAACACACUUGUGUUCAUUGUAGAUGUCAAGGCGAACAAGCACCAGAUCAAACAGGCCAUGAAGAAACUCUAUGACAUUGAUGAGGCCAAAGUUAAUACCCUGAUAAGGCCUGACAGAGAGAAGGCGUAUGUUUGCUUGCCUCCUGAUUAUGAUGCUCUGGAUGUUGCCCACAAGAUCGGUAUCAUCUAA